AUGAGUGAACAUCGAGUGAAUGCUGCACAAGACGCAGUUAUUAAGGUAUUGGUAUUAGGUGAUGCAGCGACAGGAAAGACGAGUAUUAUUAAGAGAUACGUGCAUGAUGCUUUUUCGGAGCAUCAUCGUACAACAAUUGGCGUUGACUUUGCAUUAAAAGCAGUGACAGUUUCUGGUAUUACUGUUCGUCUACAAUUGUGGGAUAUUGCUGGUCAAGAGCACUUUCGAGCGCUUAAUCGAGUCUACUAUAAAGACGCAUUGGGAGCUCUGCUUGUCUACGACAUGUCUCGUCCAGAAACGUUUGACAGUAUUCUCAAGUGGAAGAAGGAGAUUGAUUCCAAAGUGGAACUACCUAAUGGUAAACCCUUGCCUGUCAUUUUGUGUGGCAAUAAAUGCGACCUGAAGGAAGACGUGGAUCGAGAAUUUCUGGACGAGUUUUGUAGGACCAAUAAUUUUACGGGCUGGUUCGACACAUCGGCCAAAGAAAAUAUCCACAUUGAUGAUGCUGCCAAGGCGUUGGUAACGGGUAUCUUGGAGCACCAGGAUAUUUUCGAGCGGAAGUCGGAAGCAAAGAAACACAACGAAACGUUUCGCCCCACGAGUGCUGCCAAUGGAGGCAACGGAAACCAAUCCAGCUGGUGCUGCAACAGCUUCUGA